UGUUAGAGCAGGUGUGAGCUGCACAGGUUCACAGAGGGCACCCACAGCUGCAGGAGGUCACCAAGGGACCCCAGGCCUGGUGAGAAGUGCAGUAAGGACCAGGAAAGCCCAGGACAGCUGGGCCUCACUCAGCCAGGCCCCUCUCCUGCAGGGACCCGCAGUGCAGGUUAUACUGGGGCCUCAGAUCACCUCGAACAGUCACACCAACAGGACAGCACUAUGGGUGAUUUGCAGGAGGAUUAUGAAGACAGGAUGGAUGAGAUCAUAGAAUUGGAGGAGUAUGAAGACUCAGGUGUUAGCCCUCCCCAAGACGAGGAGCCAGCAGCUCAGCUCACAGAGCCAACUGAGCCAAGCAAGUCAACCGCCACAGAUUAUCAGACUGUAUCACAGCCAGGCACUCACGAGGCCUAUGUGGAGCUGCAAGAACUAGUGAUGGAUGAGAAGAACCAGGAGCUGCAGUGGAUGGAGGCGGCACGCUGGGUGCAAGUGGAGGAGAACCUGGGGGAGGAUGGGGCCUGGGGCCGCCCACACCUGUCUUACCUCACCUUCUGGAGUCUCCUGGAGCUGCAGAGAGCCUUCAGCAAGGGCACUGUCCUCCUGGACCUUAAAGAGACCUCCCUGGCUGGGGUGGUCAACCAGCUGCUGGACAGAUUCAUCUUUGAGGAGCAGAUCCGGCCUGACGAUCGAGAUGAGCUUCUGCGGGUUCUGCUGCUCAAACACAGCCAUGCCGGAGACAUAGAGGCCCUGGGGGGUGUUAAACCUGCAAUCCUGAGGCGUUCUGGGGAGCCCUUGCAGCCCCUACUCUCCCAAGUCCCCUCGCUGGAGAGACAACUCUUCUGUGAACAGAAAGAGAGAGGCACAGAAGGGCACUCACCAUCAGGGGUUCUGGAAAAGAUCCCCCCAGAUUCGGAGGCCACCCUGGUGCUAGUGGGCUGUGCUGCCUUCCUGGAGCGGCCGGUGCUGGGCUUUGUGAGACUCCAGGAGGCUGUAGACCUGGAGGCUGUGGAGAUGCCUGUGCCUGUGCGCUUCCUCCUAGUGUUGCUGGGACCCAAAGACCCCCACACUGACUACACCCAGCUUGGUCGGGCGGCUGCCACCCUCAUGUCAGAGAGGGUGUUCCGCAGAGAUGCUUACCUGGCCCAGCAACCCAAGGAGCUGGUGAGCUCCCUAGAGGGCUUCCUGGACUGCAGCCUGGUGCUACCUCCCACAGACGCCCCCUCUGACCAGGCCCUGCUCAACCUGGUGCCUGUGCAGAAAGAGUUGCUUCGGAGACGUUACCUGCCCAGCUCUGCCAAGACAGACCCCAGCUUCUACAAGGACCUAGGCUUCACUGGAGGUUCAGGGGCCCCUGGUGGCCCAGACGACCCUCUGCAGAGGACAGGCAAUCUCUUUGGGGGCCUGGUGCGUGACAUCCAACGCCGCUACCCCCACUACGUGAGUGACAUCACUGAUGCACUCAGCCCCCAGGUCCUGGCUGCCGUCAUCUUUAUCUACUUUGCUGCCCUGUCACCAGCCAUCACUUUUGGAGGCCUUUUGGGAGAAAAGACAGAUUACCUGAUGGGGGUGUCGGAGUUGCUCAUCUCCACUGCCAUGCAGGGGAUCAUCUUUGCUCUGCUGGGGGCUCAGCCCUUGCUCGUGAUUGGCUUCUCAGGACCCCUGCUCGUGUUUGAGGAAGCCUUCUUCUCGUUCUGUACCAGUAAUAAGCUGGAGUACAUUGUGGGCCGUGUAUGGAUCGGCUUCUGGCUCAUCCUGCUGGUGGUGCUGAUGGUGGCCUUUGAGGGUAGCUUCCUGGUGCGUUUCAUCUCCCGCUACACCCAGGAGAUCUUCUCCUUCCUCAUCUCCCUCAUCUUUAUCUUUGAGACCUUCACCAAGCUGGUCAAGAUUUUCAAGGACCACCCACUGCAGAAGUAUUACAAGCACAAUGUGACAAUAACGCCCAAACCAGAUGCUCCCCUGCCCAAUACAGCCCUCCUCUCUCUUGUGCUCAUGGCUGGCACCUUCUUCUUUGCCAUGAUGUUGCGCAAGUUCAAAAACAGCUCUUACUUCCCUGGUAAGCUGAGACGAGUCAUUGGGGACUUUGGGGUUCCCAUCUCCAUCCUGAUCAUGGUCAUGGUGGAUUUCUUCAUCCAAGAUACCUACACCCAGAAACUCUCCGUGCCCAAGGGCCUCACCGUGUCCAAUCCCAAGGACCGUGGCUGGGUCAUACACCCACUUGGCUUGACUGAGCCGUUCCCCAUCUGGAUGAUGUUUGCUUCUGCCCUGCCUGCCUUACUUGUCUUUAUCCUCAUCUUCCUGGAGUCCCAGAUCACCACACUGAUCGUCAGUAAGCCAGAGCGCAAGAUGGUCAAGGGCUCCGGCUUCCACCUGGACCUGCUGCUGGUCAUGGGCAUGGGUGGGCUGGCUGCCCUCUUCGGGAUGCCCUGGCUCAGCGCCACCACUGUGCGCUCCGUCACCCAUGCCAAUGCCCUCACUGUCAUGGGCAAGGCCAGCAGUCCUGGGGCCUCAGCACAGAUCCAGGAGGUGAAGGAGCAGCGGAUCAGCGGACUCCUAGUCUCUGUGCUUGUGGGCCUGUCCAUCCUCAUGGAGCCCAUCCUGUCCCGCAUCCCACUGGCUGUGCUGUUCGGCAUCUUUCUCUACAUGGGGGUCACAUCCCUCAGCGGCAUUCAGCUCUUUGACCGCAUCUUGCUUCUGUUCAAGCCAUCCAAGCACCAUCCAGACGUACCCUUUGUCAAGCGGGUAAAGACCUGGCGCAUGCACCUGUUUACGGGUAUCCAGAUCAUCUGCCUGGCGGUGCUGUGGGCAGCCAAGUCCAGUCCCACCACCUCGCUGGCCCUGCCCUUCAUCCUCAUACUCACCGUGCCCCUGCGGCGCCUCCUGCUGCCACUCAUCUUCCGGGACCUGGAGCUCCAGUGUCUGGAUGCCGACGAUGCCAAAACCACCUUUGAUGAGGAAGGCCAGGAUGAAUACGACGAGGCGCACAUGCCUGUGUGAGGGAAGGGCCCAAGCCCUGUGGCCCCCUCCACCACCCCACUUCCCCCACCCUCCCAGGAAAAGCAUGGGUACCUCAUGGACUCCCCAGCCCUCCAGACACAGCAGCUGAGGUCCAGGGGUUGCAGGUGGGGGAAGAAAGAUCUAUAUAGGAAGCCAUUCCCCCUAGGAGGGACAGACUUUCCAGUCAGUCUCCCCUUUAUCUGCGGCCCCCAUUUGGGGGCUUUUUCUCUCUCUAGAGUCCCUUCUGCUGCCACAUAAGGACUGCCAUGUUCAGUUCCUCUUCCUCAUGGCACAGGUGGGAUAGUAGCAAGGGGUGGGAGGGAGGGAGAGAGGGUUUAAGUUCCUGCUUGCUGUGUGACCUUGGGCAAGUCCCUUGACCUCUCCAACUUCUGCUUUCUCUCCUGUAAAAAUGGGUCUAUUAGUAACAACAUCCAUGUAAAGGAUGAUUACUGAGGCUCCAGGGUCAAUGUGAAAAGGGGACCUUGUAGGCCCUGAAAAGACUGCCAUUAAUUCUUCUCCUAGCCUGCCCCAGGUCACAUAGCUCCUCAGUCACAUAUCCAGGGUUCGUUCCAACCAGGUCUCUUAACUCUGAGGUUGGAGCUCUGUGCUCCAUGGCAUCAUCCACCUGCCCAGGCUGAGACUUGCUACUACUAACACCUCUCCGCAGCUCUCACCCUGGUCCUCUUGUCCAGAGGAGAGGGGAGUGGUGAGGGCCAAGGGCAGGUGUGAUUCAAUCAGGGCUAGGACUCAGGACUUAGUGCUCGAUCCCUGCCUUAUGGUCUCAUGUCUUUGCUCCACUCACAUUUACUGAAUCUUGGCCCCUGUAGACACAGAUGUGACCCAGACCAGACCCUGUCCUGGGGUGCAUGGUGGAGAGAAGCACAGUCUGUUCUAUAUGUUCAUGGGGUGGGGGGAGGUGGGAAGGUAAGAAGGAGAUGGGGGGGAAAUGUUUGUAAUUUAUUAAUUGUGAAUUUUCUAAGAAUUUUUGACAUGACUUUGGCUACACACACACAUGCACACACAACACCCAUGCCUCUCUAUUGGAGAUUGAUCCACUGUCCCCAACCCCAACCCAAUCUAGGGAAGAACCAGACUUCACCAGUUGGUGUAGGAGUCAGUGGACUCUGCAGAAAAUGAGUUUAAAAAAUCAUUUUUACAAAACAGAAAUAUAUAUUUAAAAAAGAAGAACUGAAAAAAAAGAAGGGUAUAAAAGAUGGCUGAAACUGAAAAUUGGGGGGGGGGGGGAGGGGAAGCUGUGGGCUGCUGAUAGAAGGGUCUUGAGUACAUUCCUGAGGGCUGAGUGCUGAUUCCCCAACUUUAUCUUCAUUGGUUUAUGCCUCAGUUUCCUCAUCUGUAAAAUGGGGGCAUUAAUGGUAGCUACCUCUUCGGAUUGUUAUAAGGAUUAAUGGAUAUAGUAUAUGUGGGGAGGGGUUAUGUAUAAAGGGCUUGCUUAGCACCUCAGAAGAAGAGCUCAGUAAAUGUCAGCUGCCAGUAUUGUCUUUCUUCCUGGGGGGGGGGGGGGCUUUCCUGCUUCUCUGGCAGAAAAGCAGGUGAAAGUGGACCACACUGCCAGUGUCCUUCCCCUUGAUGCUUGGGAUAUAGGUUUUGCCAAUAAAUGUGUCUGUACUAGA